UUUACAAUUUACAUUUUUUUACAAUACAUAUAUUUAAAGGGUACGACAAAACUAGAAUUGGCAGACUGAGAAACUGAUACAUUAGAUAAAGAGAAGACUGCUCGCAAGCUUGAUUUAUACGAUUUAAAUAUUUUAAUCAUUCUAAAUAUUACUUUUGCCACCCUGACUUAAAAUAAAACAGUAACAGCUGUCAAAUUUACUGGUAAGCGUAAUCAGGGAUCUAAUAUUAAGAGCUGUUGCUAUAUGGCAGAAGGGACCAGAGUAUACAGACAAGUUAAAAUAAAGUGACUGGUAUUUUUAGUGCUGGCAUCAUGUCAGUGAGAUGCCAGGCUGCUCCAUUUGUACUCCUGGGAAAACGUGCAAGCAGCCUGUGCACAUAAAGGUGUGUCUUUGUAUGCAAGCAAACUUUUAUCAAAAGAUUGGGGAGGGAAGGAGGCUCAGCCACUGACUCCCCCGCUGGCUGCUGCUGAUUGCUGCUGCCUGCUGCUGGCUGUGAAUGUUUCUCUCUCUUUCUAAGGAGCUGCUGGAGGGGGAUUUUUGGCUCAGGAAGCAUCUCGAUCUCCAACAGGAGGAAGGACAGAGCUCUCUUUUGCCGGUCUCCUGCACACAACAUGCCGACCAUCUCCUCCCUGACAGCCGCCCUGCUCCUCAUCCUGCUGGCAGCAGAACCCCUGCAUAGCAUCUUGCUCCCUGCCCAGGAGGCUGCACAGUUUCUACGCCACAGGCAGAAGAGAGCCAACUCUAUAUUUGAGGAAACCAAGCAAGGCCACCUAGAGCGGGAGUGUGUGGAGGAGCAGUGCAGCAGAGAGGAGGCCAGAGAAGUCUUUGAGAAUGAUUUGGAAACAGACUAUUUUUAUCCAAAAUAUUUAGAGUGUAUUCGUCGAUACUGGUUUCCGAACCGGAAAGAUCCUGAUCUCACGACAUGUGUUCACAAUUUACCAAACCAGUGUUCUACAAAUCCAUGCGAUAAAGUUGGUUCCCUCUUGUGUACGGACCUGCGGGGAGAUUUUUACUGCCACUGCAAAAAUGGAUGGAAGGGCAAAACAUGUAACACUGAUGUCAAUGAAUGUUCUAUCAUGAAUGGAGGCUGCAGUCACUCCUGCGUGAACAUUCCUGGAACAUACCAUUGCUUGUGUCCCAGCGGCUACAGGCUACGGGCGAACAACAAAACCUGUGAGGAUAUUGAUGAAUGCGUGGAAUCACCAGGCAUCUGUGGAACAGCAGAAUGCAAGAACAUGCCCAGUACCUACGCAUGUCUUUGUGACGAUGGCUAUAAGUAUGAGGAAUCCACUAAGAGCUGCCAAGAUAUAGAUGAGUGUUUAGAGCAGCGGUGUGAACAAACCUGUGUGAACACAGCUGGCAGCUAUUCGUGCCAUUGUGAUGGAAGAGGAGGGGUUAAAUUAUCCCACAAUAUGAAUAUGUGCGAGGAUAUUUUGCCAUGUGUACCCUUUGCCACUGAGAAAAGUAUAAAGUCUCUAUACCUUGGCAGAAUGUUUAGUGGCGCUCCAGUCAUCCGGCUACGAUUCAAGAGAAAACAGCCAACCAGGCUUGUGUCAGAGUUUGAUUUCAGAACCUUUGACCCAGAAGGCGUCCUCUUCUUUGCCGGAGGCCAUCAACACAGCUCAUGGGUAGUUCUGGCUUUGAGAAAUGGAAAGUUAGAGCUCCAGCUAAAGUACAAUGGAAUCGGUCGAGUGACCAGCAGUGGACCCAUUAUAAAUCAUGGCAUGUGGCAAACAGUUUCUGUUGAGGAAUUAGAGCGGAAUCUUAUUAUAAAAGUCAAUAAAGACGCUGUCAUGAAAAUUGCUGUGUCUGGAGACCUGUUUACCCUAGACAAAGGAUUAUACCAGCUGAACUUAACAGUGGGGGGCAUUCCAUUUAAGAGCAGCGAGCUAGUUCAGCCGAUUAACCCACGUCUUGAUGGAUGCAUGCGAGGUUGGAACUGGUUGAAUGGUGAAGACACGUCGAUUCAAGAAACGGUGAGGAUGAGUGAGAAGAUGCAGUGCUACGCCAUUGCUGGAAGAGGAUCUUUUUAUCCUGGCAAAGGAUUUGCUUUAUUCAACAUUGAUUACAUGAAUCGGUCUACUGAAGAGGAAGCGGAGGCAAACUGGAAGAUAGAUGUUCGUGCAGAAAUAAAUCCAGCUACUGACACUGGGGUGCUGUUUGCUCUGGUCUCACAGGACAUGACCGUCCCCUUAUCACUAGCCCUGGUUGACUACCAUACCACCACAAAAGUAAAAAGGCAGUUUAUAAUUCUAUCUGUGGAGAAUAUGGUAGUAUCCAGUGCUGAAGUAAAUGCCUGUGAUACAGAGCACUCUGUGCAUAUCUCACUAAACAAAGACCACAUCCUGCUUACCUUUGAUGAGACCCUCGGGCAAACCGAAUUAGACCAUUCACAUCUGCAAACUGCUUUCAGGAUAUUGACGGACCACUUGCAAAAAGGCGUGAACACGUAUGUAGGAGGGUUACCAGGUGUUCCAGUUACUGCCACACCGGUUACAGCGUACUACCACGGCUGUAUGACCAUGAGCAUCAACCAGAAGCGUCUGGACCUUGAUGAAGCUGUCCACAAGCAUAGUGACAUCACAUCCCACUCCUGUCCUCCAAUAAAGUCUGCCAAAUAGGCAAUUCACUUCAAUUUUUUUUUAAACAUAGUAUUCCCACUUUUAAAAAACAACCUAAGUUAUUCCGAUUUUGCAGUAUUGUGUGUGUAUGUAUAGUUCCGUAAAGAAAAACACUGAAGUUAUGUAGGACCUACUGAUUUUACUGCGUUAUUAAAUGUUUUGUGACAAAACAGGCAGAUCCAGACCUUUCUUUGUGACUGAACCACAACUCCCAUAAUCCUGUAAGAAAGUUUGUGGGAGUUGUAGUUAAAGCACAGUUAGAGAGUCUUAGUCUGUCUUCCCCUAGGUUAUGGCAGUAUACUCCUGCCUUGUGGUUUAUGUUUGUAAUAUAUUUGUAAAUAGCUUGCAUAUUACUAUUAUUUUCCAGAAAACUGUGGCAGGUCUGUUAUUUGUACAUCAGGGAUACUUUAGUAUGAAAGUGGCUGGAAGUAACACAGGUAUUCAAAAACUGGAAGAAAAUGUUAUUUUUUUAAUAGCAAACACUACUACUUUCUAAUUCACAAUUUUACAAAUAAAUAAAAUAUUUACAAAAA